CUGAUGAAUAAUGUAUGGCUGAGUCCCUCCCCUCCCCAGAGCAGGUUAGUCUGCUGGUGCAGAACAAGAUUCUCCAGUCUCACUGCUGGUCCGACAUGCUGGUUAUUAGCAGAGUCUCACUCACAGAGCUGCCCGGGAUGGAAGCAAAGAUCCACAGAACCAGUGGCCAUGGGAAGAUUCUGGUGUAGCUGAAGUGGAACCAUGGGCUUCUUCCCAUUUUACAUCUUCCUAGAGGUGUCGGUGGUGAUGGUUUGUGCCUCUGUGACUUCAACAGAACAAGCCAAGCUUUCCACUCCAAGGAAUAUUUACAUGAAUUCCUCCAACAUGAAGCACUAUCUGCAUUGGGAUCCCAUCCUAAAUGAUGAAGGAACUGUGAAAUACUCAGUUCGGGUUCAAGGGGAGUAUGAGCGCAUACAGAAUACGGACUGGACUUAUGUAGACAUUUGCCAGUCCAUCACUGCUCACUGGUGCAACGUGACUGAGGAGAUCGCAACCAACGUCCAGUAUGAACUUCAGGUCCGAGCAGAAGUGGGAAGCCAAAAAUCUGACUGGGCAAAGCUUGGACAACUCUUUAACCGUAAUGCAAGUAUCCUUACUCCUCCUGCAGUUAAAUUCCAUUCCUUGGGACAAGCGCUGACACUGAAAAUUGAAUACCUAGGACGAAAUUUUGUUUAUUUUGUCUUUUAUUGGAAAAAAGGGGCAGAGGAGAAGGUGGUCAGUAAGAAGAUGAAUAGAGGAGAUACAAUUUUUCACCUGGAAAACGUAGAAGGAGGGUAUGAAUAUUGUGCCCAGGUGAUUGCACAUGCUGUGCCCAUUUCCCGAAAUAGUAGCAAGAGCACUGUAGUGUGUGCAACAGCAACAGGAUCUGGACUGUCCUCUUUAACCAUUGGCCUCAUAUCCCUCUUUGGGAUCAUCGUUGGACUUGUGUUCCUGUAUGCAUUUCUGAGAUACUUAGUCCUUGUCAUGCGGUAUUCAUGCUGCCCGCAAGGAAAGAUCCCUGAAACCCUGAAGGAGCCCUUCUCCUCCCAGAAGAUAAUUAGACAUCAUUUCUUAGAGGACUGCGAGAAGAUCACCAGCAUUGAACCCAGCCAUCAAAUGACGUGUGAAGUUACAGCACAGGACUACAGUGACAAAACACAAUUUCUGUGACAUUGUUUACACAAUGGGUUGUGAAGAUAUCAAAAGGCAUUAUAUAUAUAUAUUUCAUUUCGCUGCUGCCUGAAUUACAGGAAAUACACAAUGUUUGUGCUCAUCUUCUUCUGUAACUUGAAUGUCAUCUUAACGUGUCUUGUGUUGUAUCCAAGACUUGAAUAUGAAGGAUUCCCCAUAUUUAGCCCAGACUGAAUAUACCCUAGACUUGUGUGGGAUUUUUGUUGAAUCUACUGCAAUGGUCUUGUCUACCUACAUCAACAUGGACAAGUCUCCUCACUGGGACCAUGUCAAUAGUGCAGUUUUGAGAUGGAUACAACAGCAUGGAUCACUGCAUCAGGAGUUAACAGCAUAAAUUCCUGUCUGGUACAGGAAUGGUUACCCAAAGCAGCAGAGAGACCACAUGGCAGUUAGACGAGGGACGUGGUCUCUUGCAACUGGAACACUUGAGACUCUUCUCAUAUACUGCCUUAUGAAUCUAUCUACAUCGCACAUAUUUUCUCCAUGAGGCUGAGACUGGCCUUUGUUCCUGGACAGGAAAACACAUAUGAUAUAGGGUCGAUAUUGGGAGAGGAAUAUGCUUUAGAAAGACUUGGUAAGGCUAGUUCACUCUCUAUUAAAUAUAUCUCCUCUUCAUCUUCUUCUACUCACUCAACCUCCUUAAGCUGGCCAUAGACGCAAAGAUUUGAUCAUACGAAUCUCUGUUUCCUACAAUUUUCAGCGGAUUUUGGAGUGUCCCGACAUUUUCCAUGCCAUGUCGAUCGGUUGUUUAGUUGAUCGGACAGGUUAGAGAAUUUCUGUCGGCUACCGAUAAUAUGUGUGUAUCGCCGAUCUGACGAUAUCAG